AUGCCUAAAAAUAAAAAUUUCAGUAAAAAAAUUGAUAUCACUUCUAAUAAAAGCAACAUAAAUUGUAUUUUUAUUCAUAUAAAACGUAUCAAAUCCAUUUUAAGCUCACUCUAAACUGCUAUCUUGCUUCUCUUUAAUUCGAUUGACAGCUUUUUAAAUUAUAGCAAUUUGACAUUUAUGAAAGAAUAUCAUUUAUUUUUAAAAAUUUUUUUGUAAAAAAGAGUAAAUCAAAAAUAAACUAUGAUAAAUAUUUAGCAGUUAAAAAAAUACAAAACUCCAAAGGCUAUAAUAAAAACAAUUUUAGCGGUAUCUACAAGGAUUAGGGUAAAAACAAAAGUAUAAUACUUAAAAUCCAUUUACUACUAAUAUUAUAUUUAUUUUUUAUUGUGUUAAAACACCAAAAUUUAAUAAACGCUAAUUUCCCCCGCUAUCUUAAGAGAAAAAAAUUGA